AUGGAGCUGGCACCGUCGGGGCGCACGGAAACCCGGAGCCCCCGAGACGCGAUGAGGAAGCAGAGCGCGCGCACGGCCGCGCUCAUCCUGUGCAUCCUGUCCUACCUGCUGGUGGGCGCCGCAGUCUUCGAUGCGCUGGAGUCCGAGGCCGAGCGCAACCGGCAGCGGCUGCUGGCCCGGAAGCGCAGCGAGUUCCGCAGAAAGUACGGCUUCUCCGCCGACGACUACCGAGAGCUGGAGCGCUUGGCGCUGCAGGCAGAGCCGCACCGCGCCGGCCGCCAGUGGCGCUUCGCAGGCUCCUUCUACUUCGCCAUCACAGUCAUCACCACCAUCGGGUAUGGCCAUGCCGCACCAGGCACAGACUCCGGAAAGGUCUUCUGCAUGUUCUAUGCACUCCUGGGCAUCCCCCUGACGCUGGUCACCUUCCAGAGCCUGGGCGAGCGUCUAAACGCGCUGGUGAGGUGCCUGCUGCUGGCGGCCAAACGCUGCCUGGGUCUGCGGCGGCCGCAUGUGUCCGCAGAGAACAUGGUGGUGGCCGGGCUGCUGCUGUGCGCAACCACCCUGGCCCUGGGCGCCGCGGCCUUUGCGCACUUCGAAGGCUGGACCUUCUUCCACGCCUACUACUACUGCUUCAUCACCCUCACCACCAUCGGCUUCGGCGACUUCGUGGCGCUGCAGAGAGACGAGGCGCUGCAGAGGAAGCCGCCCUACGUGGCCUUCAGCUUCCUCUACAUCCUGCUGGGGCUCACGGUCAUCGGUGCCUUCCUCAACCUGGUGGUCCUGCGCUUCCUCGCCAGCGCCGACGCCCCCGAGGGCUCAGCCCGCCGCGCCAGCGCAUUCCGCAGGGGGGCGCUCGAGAGCCGCGUCCGUGCUGCGUCCUCCACCUGCAUCUCUCACCGCAUCCAUCAGCUGGAGACCUGGGCCUGUGACAACCCAGCCUUCUCACCUCCCUUGAGUCCAGAAGCCCUGCACCACUGCCACAGCAGCUCAGCCAGCCGCCGAGCACGGAGAAAGUCCAUCUGA